GACUGGAUGAAAAGUCUUCAGGCAUUUUGCAGCUUACGGAAGACCACACAAACCACAUCCAAUAAGCGUCUUCGACAGGUUUGUAUUCGACAGGUCAGCAGUCUCCAUUUGCACAUAGAAGAAGCACACAAGCUCCCAGUCAAACAUUUCACUAGUCCGUACUGCAAUAUUUACCUGAAUAGUGUUCAGGUAGCCAAGACACAUGCUCGUGAAGGCCAAAAUCCUGUUUGGUCAGAAGAGUUUUUCUUUGAUGAUUUAUCGCCUGACAUAAACAGAUUUGAGAUUAGCCUCAGUAACAAAACAAAGAAAAGCAAAGAUCCUGACAUUUUAUUUAUGCGCUGCCAGUUAAACCGAUUGCAAAAAGGACAUGCAAUAGAUGAGUGGUUUCAGCUGAGUUCCCACAUACCACUGAAAGGUAUUGAGCCAGGGUCUUUGCGUGUUCGGGCAAGGUACUCUAUGGAGAAAAUUAUGCCAGAAGAGGAGUACAAUGAGUUCAAAGAGCUAAUUCUUCAAAAAGAGCUACAUGUAGUCACAGCGUUAUCACAUGUGUGUGGGCAAGAUCGUACACUACUAGCUAGCAUUUUAUUACGGAUUUUUCUACAUGAAAAAAUGGAGUCAUUACUUCUGCGAACACUAAAUGACCGAGAGAUCAGUGCAGAAGAUGAAGCUACAACUCUGUUCCGUGCCACAACUUUGGCAAGCACACUCAUGGAGCAAUAUAUGAAAGCUACUGCAACUCCAUUUGUUCAUCAUGCUCUCAAAGACACCAUUUUAAAAAUAAUGGAAAGCAAGCAGUCUUGUGAGUUAAAUCCUUCAAAGUUGGAAAAGAAUGAAGAUGUUCACACUAAUUUAGCGCACCUCUUAGGCAUACUUUCUGAAUUAGUGGAGAAGAUUUUUAUGGCAGCAGAAAUCCUUCCACCUACUUUGAGGUAUAUAUAUGGGUGCUUACAAAGAUCUGUUCAACAAAAGUGGACUUCUAACACGACUAUGAGGACCAGAGUUGUUAGUGGCUUUGUUUUUCUGCGACUAAUCUGUCCUGCUAUCCUUAAUCCAAGGAUGUUUAAUAUCAUCUCAGAUUCUCCUUCUCCAACUGCUGCAAGGACAUUGACGCUGGUCGCCAAGUCUCUGCAAAAUUUAGCAAAUUUGGUUGAAUUUGGAUCCAAAGAACCCUACAUGGAAGGUGUAAAUCCAUUCAUAAAAUGUAACAAGCAUCGUAUGAUCAUGUUCUUAGAUGAACUUGGGAAUGUACCUGAACUCCCUGAUACUACUGAGCACUGUAGGACUGACCUGUCCCGUAACCUGGCAGCUUUGCACGAAAUGUGUGUGGCACAUUCUGAUGAACUCCGAACUAUCAGCAAUGAGCGAGGAGCGCAACAGCAUGUUCUCAAAAAACUUCUGGCAAUAACAGAGCUUCUCCAGCAGAAACAAAACCAGUAUUGUGUAUCAAACAAUACCAGGUAG